AGGAAAAUUUGAACAAGAAGUUGGCGAAUGAAAAGCUGACUCCAGCCUCGUAAAAAUCUACCGUUGAAAGAUGUUUUACAAGACACUAAUGUUAUUCCACUUUUGUGGAAACGUAUUCUGCGAGAAAAGUGGUUACAGCUGAGCUAAAGCUUAAAAGAGAGCAAAGUAAGUCUGUUUCCAUUUAUAUUAUAUGUAUUAGCCUGUACUAGCACAUUAGCAUAUACUGAGACAUACAGCCAAGAUGGUAAAAUGGACGUAAAAUGUUGUGGCGUUCUGGUUUAAGUUUUGUUAAACGGACAAAAUGGCUCUUCUCAACAUUUGGGUUGCCUACCCCUGGGUGUAAACAUGCAAGAGGGAUAGAAAUAAUGUUGUUGACAGCUCUUUACAUUCUAUGUUUUCAGAUUUCUCUUCAGUAUUUUGAAACAAUGCCGCCAGUAUUUGCCAUAUGUUGUUGUUUACAGUAAGCUAAUGUCAGUGAAAAGGGCAAAGCUGAAAUUGGCUUCCUUUUUGGCAGAUUCUUGUUUGAGAGAGUCCAGAAUGUAACAGCUGCAGCAUUUAUGGCGUUACAUGAAAAUGCAAACAAGAGCUGACUUCAGCUUUGUGUAAAAAGUUAUUGUAACAGUUUUAUAUCCCUCAAUUCUGAUGUACUUUGACAUUUUCUGUGUGUUAAUACUCUAGAAGUGCAUUGUUAACAUUCUGGAGGCAUUUUUAAAAAAUCCCCUUGGGGACCACGCCCCCCAACUCCCCUAUUACAGGUUUAGCCCCUGUAUCCAUGAACCUUUAGUGAUGCUCCAGGUGAAGAUGUAAUUCAAAUUGAGACGCAAUAUUUAUAUGUAUUUUGUAUUUCAUCACAUGUUAAAAACAAAAUAGAAUCACCCAUUUGCCAUUGCAUUUCCUCAUUGAUUGUCUCAUUGCAAUCCUGUUUGUAAUUACAUUUUCACUGUUAAUGAGGCACCUUGAUCAAUCAAACGCUAGGCAGGAUGUCGGGAGAGAAUAUUAGUGUGGGGUGUGUUUUAGGAAGAAGUGAUGAGAAUAAACUGUGGUAGCUUCGAAGCAGAUCUAGAUACCUGUUUAACGCAGUCAGAACUGGCAAUAGAGCUGUCUACAGUGAUUUUCAUGUGGAUAUGAUUCAUGACCAAAUAUGAGGGCCUGUGACUGCACAGGCAGCGAUGUUAAUGAUUAUUUUAGACUGUUCACAGCAUCUUUCAAAUGUGACCUAUAUACGGCUUUAGUCUCAAUAGAUCACGCUCCUAAACUGACCCACAUGCACAAAACAACAAUGCUUCACAUGGCGUACUCACCCAGAGGUAAACAAUCAUGAAAAGCAUCCCAAGUCAAAAUUGACUAUGCAGAUUCAGUGUGUUUUUUGCAGGGAAAACAAUGACAGUCCUGUGAGUUUCUACCCUUAGAGCUUCAAGCCAGUAACAUUGGUGCUUGCGCAGAUGCAUGCGGUCAUAAAUUACUUCCACAUAAUGAAAUUCACUUUAGACAGAGUUCUCCUUGGCCUGUUUAGCAAUUGGUACAAUGUCUCUAGCAGUGGUAGCUGAUGCUAGUUCUGUAUUGUAUUAAACAAGCAUCUAGCUAGCUUGGAUUUAUCGUACCUCUUAAAACAAUUCUCUACUGACAUUUUUAAAAAAACAUCAAAAAAUGGCAUAUAGCUUGUCCAGCCGUGAUAAUGGAUCUAUGUUAGCUGGCAUGGAAUGACCCAAUUGAAACAUAAGAUAAAAUAUCAGAUUGCAAUAUACUUAUCACAGAAGCAUGAUAGUCUACAUUUAACCUGACACCCAUUCCCUACACACAAAAAACAUGUAUGCUGUGUAGGAGAAUUCAGUGCAUUUUAAUAGCAAGCAACACACACAAGCUGAAGAUGAGAGGUGCACAGCACCAUGUAUUGGAGAGCCAGUGUUCAGGACAGUUAUGUGAUUUACCUGCUCAAACACACCUGAUUUGACUCAUCAAUUAAUUGCCAGGCUUAGUGCAUGUGUUUGAGUAGUGAAACUUCUGGACUGUGCUGGACACUGGGCCUCCAGCACCAGAGUUGUACACCAAUGCUUUUGUAGUUCUUUUGUAGUUAAUUCAUUCACAUUACUUUAGGGCAUCGACCCAGCAAACACACAACAUUUUCACAAUGUUGCAGACCUUCUUACAACAUUGUUAAUUGCUGCACCUGUCCAGGGUGUAUUCUGCCUUCUACCCAAUGACCGCUGGGCUAGGCUCCAGCACCUCCACCCCCCACCCCCACCACCCUGAGGGAGAAGCGCCUUAGAAAAUGUGUGUGUGUGUGUGUGUGUGUGUGUAUGUGUUAAUUGCUACUUGUCAAAAGGUGGUGCUGUUUACGUUGUCUGACUAAGGUUGUCACGACGUUAUUGUUAUGUUACAUUGCCCUACAGUAUUAUGACGGCUUACUGACAACAAUGCCACUACAUUGUUAUGACUUUCUAGAAUGUUGUCAUAUUACAUUGUUGCAAAUUUUCUUACAUUUUAACAUUGUGACAACGUUAUGGGCAUCAAAAUAAUAGAUUGACACAACACUGUCACAUAAUAACCGGAAAUGGACAAUAAACAGGUUUCACGCCCACUGUGGCAGUAUGCUGUUCCCUACGAUUAUAUUGUUCUGGUUUUUAAGAUUGUGUCUGUGUUGUUGUUUAUUUCUUUUAAAGUUUGUACAUCUUUAAUUCUUUUACUGUCUGUCCAGUUUAUCGUUGAUCGACUGAGUUUUAUCAUCUUCUCUGGACAGAAGUUGCGCUUGUGCUGAGUGGACACAUGCUUUAUAGAAAGGUGGUGCAGUAUUGGUUGUGUUUAUGUGAAUCCAGCUUUCUGGUUUACUGCUGUUUUGUGUCAGGCCAGAAGUGUUGGAAUAUGUAAGGUGACGACUGCACUGUUGUUAGGAAUAGACUAUAGCUGGAUGUAAUGACAUUUAUCGUAAUUAUGACAGUAUUUCACAACAUCACAUUAACUAUUUGAAGGCAUGUCUAGGCUCACUGGUCAUUUUUGAUCACUGAUAAAAUCACAAUAUUUCUGUUGUAGACAUUGUGAUCCUUGGUUUCUAUCACCAUCAUUGUGGUGAAAAUCCAGGUUGGUAAUUUUCUCCACAACAAACCAUUUCACAUGAAAACACUCUGAAUGACUUUGUUUCAAUCUCUGAAUUACAACUUACUGAAUUAUGUAGAAGCAAUAAAAAUGGUCAUAAUUCCCCUUAAAGAAGAAUGUCUCAAAGAUAAUUUACUGUCUCUGAAACACAGGGAAAAUGAUAACCAGAGAUUCUUGUUGUCCAGUGAUGUUCUGGUAAACCAAAUAUAAAAGAAUGGUUGAGCAUACUCCAUACAGAGACAUUAUAAUAUGCAAAUUGAUCUCCAAGUCCCUCUGUACCACUGGCUUCAGCCAGUAGACUUUAAAGUAGGGCUCACAGACGUCUCUUUAUCUUGAUAACUUCCUGUGCACGUGCACACACUUGAUGGUGCAAUUCAAGAAUACCCAAACUACACCCAGCCUGACAGAAACACAAACACACCAAAUAAAGAUGUAAAAUGAUCAGAGAUGACAUAAAGAAAAAAGAUUCUAGCACCACUGCAGCACAGUCGCAACAAGUGCUUUGUCUUACAUCUCCCCUUUCCUGUUGAAUUAGCAGGGUCUAUAGACAGCCAGAUCAGCAUGUCCAUGAACAUUGGUUCCCUGCCCUGCAGGAUGGACAGAACUGGGAGUUUCUUAAAGUUGGUUGAUGCAUUUGCAUCAGAGCUUGAUCAGUUGGAGCGGGAAAUGGUUUAUACAGCCUCACAGAGAUACACCAGAGAGCCUGAAGCCCCUCUCUACCCAGAAGUGGAGGGAGAGGUUAGUGGGGUUUACUUGCAGUCCCCUUUGGGAGAGAGAUCUUGUGUCAGCGACUGUGUAAGCGGACACAUGAGUGUGCUGGACAGGCUCACUCUCACACAUCCCAUUUGGUUACUUCUGUCUAUUACAGAGCAGGAGGCCAAUCACAUCCUACUACAACAACCAGCAGGGGUAUUUUUGGUGUGGCGGUCAUCUGCACUGCAGAGAAAGGUGCUCUCUCUUCAUGUGAAUAAUAUGCCAGCGUCUCCUGUCAUCCACUACCCUGUAAAGGAGAGCCUAUACACAUUCUCUUUGGAAGGUUCAGGAAUCAGCUUUGCAGAUCUUUUCCGCCUUGUGGCCUUCUAUUGCAUCAGCAGAGAUAUUCUGCCCUUCACCCUGAAGCUUCCUGAAGCCAUCAGCUCAGCAAAGGCCCCUGCAGAACUACAGAAAAUGGCUACGUUAGGAGCAGGAUUCUGGGACUCUAAGGCAUGCUCUUUUUCACUAGUUCAGAACAAACUUCCCAGCUCCCUGCAGUGUGAACCACUGGUAACAAGGACACAAAAGGUAACAUGGACACAGUGUAAGACACAAAGUCAGGUAACAUGGACACAGAGUAAGACCCUAUCCAGACACAAAGUUUUACCUGGCCAGGAGGGUGCUCCUCCUGCACUGACCCGUACCUGCUCCACUGCUUCUCCUAAAGAUCAGAGUAGCUCCAAUGAGCUACCAUUGUCCUUCUUUAAUCCACUUUUUCUCCAGACACAACAAUGGCUCACAGGGAAUGCCAUAACAGGCACUCACAAGGACCCCUGCAAGCCUAACUUUCGAUCACAGGGGGCUACCAACAAAUCCCGGCCCACUCCGCCACCCAGGCCACCUCCACCUCGCUGCUUGCCUUGUCGUCCAGCUUUGCCCCCAGGUCAGAGAAGACUGCCUGUGACUGCUACAUGGAGCAAAAGCAGUCAGAGCUCAGCGCAGAGAUCCAGACUCACAGGCUCUAUGGGGCCAAAGCACAGUACUCUGAAAAGACACCAAGCGCUACCUCUGUCACAAAAGCAGCUGGACAUUGAUCAUCACCGCUGUACUUUUGCGCUAGAUGAGGAGAACAUAGCCAAGGCUUUGUCCCAAGCCAACCAAGCCUGUAAGGCACCUUUGAGACAUACAAGUGAGGCUGUUCAACUUUGGGAUAGAAAAGGAGAGUCAUGCCAAGGACUAAGCGACGUAUCCACCUCCUCAUCUGACUCCCUGGACUUGUCCCCGCAGCCUCACCAAUCAGAUCUGUCCCUUAGCCCAGACAGAGGCCUCUCCACAGACAACAGCAGUGAUGAGGAAAAAGAGGAUGAAGAGGAUGACGACUAUGGUGCAGGACUUCAGAGGGACUUGAAGCUGCGGAUGCGAACCUCCCAAAACUCCAAGAAGUUCCUGCCAGUGGGGCCUGUUGGGGUUCGUCCAGGAUCACUUCUGAUCCUGCCACAGGCACUUAAAGGGCACUUUCAUAAGGUCAGGGGAGUUCUAGGCGUGUUGGCCACUCCUGAGAGACGUGCCUUGCGCCGUAUUGUUGAACUAUCCCAAGACAAAAGCUCUUACUUUGGCUGCCUCAUACAGGACUAUGUAAGCUUUGUUCAGGAAAACCAUAGUUGCCACACGUCAGGCUUGGACCUGCUGCAGACCAUCCGACAGUUUAUGACUCAGAUGAAGGUCUACAUAAUGCAGGGCUCUGAGCUGAAUCCACCCAUUGAGUCCCUGAUACCUGAAGACCAAAUUGAUGCGGUGCUGGAAAAAGCCAUGCAUAAAUGUGUGUUGAAGCCUCUGCAUGGCUCACUGGAGGCUGCCCUGCAUGACUUCCAGGUCAGCAGUGGUGCAUGGCAACAGCUGCAAGAGAAUCUGGCCUUGGCCAGGGCCAGGCAACCCAAAGAGCUGGGAGUAGAUGGAGCCCAGCCUCCAGAUUCUCAUGCCAUUGAGAGAAUCCGACGCAAACUCCGUUCCAUGUGCAAGAUGUACUCGCCAGAGAGGAAGGUCAUGGUGCUUUUGCAUGUAUGCAAGCUCAUCUACACUGUCUUGCAGGAUUACUCGGUGGCAGGGAGGAUGUUUGGAGCUGAUGACUUCCUUCCCAUGUUGACUUAUGUGUUGGCUCAGUGUGACAUGCCUCAGCUGGACACACAGGUGCAAUAUAUGAUGGAGCUCCUGGACCCCUCUUUGUUGCAUGGAGAAGGUGGAUACUAUCUUACCAGUGCAUAUGGAGCCAUGUCACUGAUUAAGAACUUCAAGGAAGAGCAGGCUGCUUGUGUUCUCAGCUCUACCUCUCGCAAUACACUGCACCAGUGGCACCAACGACGUACAACCCAGAAAGAUCUUCCCUCUGUAGAAGACUUCCAGAAUUACUUGCGAGUGGCUCUGCAAGAGGUUGACAAUGGCUGCACAGCUAAAACUUUGCAGGUGCACCCCUAUACUACAACCAGGGAAGUCUGCUGCCUCUGUGCCCACAAAUUCCGUGUGGCUGACCCAGAAAACUAUGCUCUCUUCCUUCUCACGGAUGACAGCAGCCAACAACUGGCCCCAGACACAUACCCUCAGUGUAUCAAAGCUGAGUUCCACAGCCGCACUCAUCCCAAGCCCUUCCAUUUCGUCUAUAGAAGACUGCCAAAACCUAAUGGCUGCAUUCCAUCGCAGCGUCUCAGCAGCAGCUGCUCCCCAGACUGAACAUAGACUAUUUGUGGACUACACUUAUUGAAACAUUGUAAUGAACCACUGUAUGCUGUAUUAUUUGAGUCAAUGUUUAGGGGUCCCAAAUACCUUCUCAGUUUGCCAUGUGACUAGGAUGGUCGGGUGAAACUCAAAAGAAAAAAAGUUGGCUGGAUAGCUGUCCUUGAUAGUACAGUUAGUAAGAUGAGUGCAGUGUACAGUGCUCUCCAGAAUCAGCGUCAGUUGAUAUGAAUCAAAUAUACUGUAUCAAUUUCACUUGUUUACAUUGGUCUGGUAAUUAAUAAGUAACAACUUCCUUGGAGAAUAUUUCCAGAAUCAGAAUCAAGCUGUAUUGGCCAGAUAUGCUUACACAUAGAAGGAAUUUGGUUUUUGUUACAGAAGCUCACAGUGCACAAGUAUCUGACAAACAUUUACAUGUAGAGAAUAAAAUAAAAUAAAACAUGCAA